UUUGUAUUGUUUUUAUUCGUGUGGCUGUCCUGCCUGGCCACGGUGAUGAUACGUGUGGCUGUUGACGCUAUUCACAUACUUCCGGCUCUCGGCAUUCUAGGCGUGCGGUAGGAGUGCAUUUCUUGGCCCUCUUGUGGUUGGCCGGGGCCGUGUCGCUGUUGUAGCCAGUGAGUUAGGUCAUACACAUUAUUUCCAAGGUCAGGGCAUGUAAAAGGCAGUUCUAAGACCCACCAGGGCUCUCUUUUUCCUCUGCCAUGGUGAUCAGCAGCGGUUGAGUGGCUACCAAUCGGUUUGGGUUCCCAAGUGAGAAGACAGAGCAGUGUCUCUGGCCAACCCGCAAAGAACGUGCAGCGUGAGCGAAAAGUAAACCUUUGUUCUCACAAGCCACCAAGAGUCUUUUGAUGUUGUUGUUGUUGUUACUACAUCGUAAUCUAGUUUAUCCUAAUACAGUUGGUUAUUAGGGGCCACUAUCCUAUCCUGUUUGGUAUUUCUGGUGCCCAACAGAGUUGGGCUGUUCAUAGCAGCUGCCUCAUCAAGGUUUGAUUUACUUAGCAGACAUUUCUUAAGCGUCUUUGGAAGUUCGUUUAAAAAUGCUCGCUUUCCAUUUUCCUGAAGAAGCUGUAAGCAUUUUAGGGACCAGAACCCUCUUAGUUCCUCUGCCACUAUGUCCAGAGGACCUUAGACUUUGGUCCAUAGGAACCUUAAAAUGGCCUGCGUAGGGGGGCAGGGAGGGGGGCAGUUAGAGAAAGACAUUCUAGGAGGGAUGAACACACGACCUGACACGGAGACAGCAGUGGUUGGUGCCUGGGAAAGAAGACAAAAUGAUACGACGCCCUGAGAGAAAGAGCAACUUCUGGAAAGGUUUGGGCAACACUAAGAAGUCAUGCCGAGGGGCCCAAGAGAGCUAGAAACAGGGAUAAACUUGGCAACGUGCUCUGAUACGUCUUUCAUCAGAGCUCGAACAGAGAUACAUUGUAGCACUCCAGACACAGAAGCCAGAUCUGGCCUUGAGCCUGGAUUCUGGGUAAACACUUUGGAUCUCAGACUGAGACCCAAAGUUUUGAAACUUACGACCUUGAUUUGAAAAACCACGGUGGGCAGAGAGGUCUCUGAAUCACUGACAAUCCUUGCUGAAUACUGACUAGGUUAAUGACGGAGGGGAGCCAGGAGAGCUUCAGGGAGGGAAGAGGUCAUGAGUCAAAUGCUCCAAGAAGUCAAGAACUGAAUGACUAGCAAAAGCAUUUUUUCCCCUUCUUGGCUCCCCAGUUACAUUGCAAACCUCCUCAAAGCCAGGCACUGCUGGAAAAAGUUGGGAAGGUGCAGAACAACGUGUAAAGACAGUGAAGUAUUCUACCUGUUAUGCAGUGAUGAGACUAAGUGUUGUGUCAACCCCAAGCACGUACCUGUCAAAACUAGAUCCUUGCCGCCAACCGGAAGCCUGGAGUAA